AAUGGCGGAUGAGGGUGCUUCAGAAAGUGAGCUUCCAAUAUACGUUAUAAAUGCCUUCACGGACAAACCGUUUUGCGGAAAUCCUGCUGCUAUUUGCCUGCCAGGUCAUAAGGAACUUGACACUUCCAUAUAUCAAAAACUUGCAGCUCAAAUGAACAUCUCUGAGACUGCUUUCAUUGGAAAAAAGUCAGAAAGUCAGGAUUACAAAACAGGCAGUUGUUUCAACCUGCGCUGGUUUACGCCGACAGUUGAAGUUCCUCUUUGUGGUCAUGCGACCUUGGCCUCUGCAGCAGCUCUAUUUUAUGUAACAGGAAAUCAAAAUAAUUCUCUUUCAUUUGAUACUCUCAGUGGACCACUUCAUGUGAAAAGAGAUGGAGACUUUUUAUGCCUGAACAUGCCAAUUAACAAACCAAGUGUUGUACAAAAGGACAUUCUUGAACAAUUAGAAAAAUUGAUCAAAGCAACAGUUGGUGACCUUGCUGUAAAUUGUGUUUAUCAUUCCUCAAAAACCAGAAAACUUUUGGUUAGACUGGAAGACUCCACAUCUAGAUCCACAUUUGAGGCAUUCCAGCCAGAUAUCCAGUCAAUGCUAUCCACUGCACCAUCAAAAGACCUGGACGUUCGCGGUGUGAUUGUUACGGUUAAAGGAAGCAAGGAAUUUGGGUAUUGCAAUGAUCAUGGAGAACAGUUUGAUUUUGUUUCAAGAUAUUUUGCUCCAUGGCUUGGAAUUGAUGAAGACCCUGUAACAGGCUCAGCACACACAGUUCUUGGUAGUUACUGGUCUGAGACAUUGGGCAAAAAUAAUAUGAUGGCUCGUCAGUGUUCAGCACGUGGUGGUGACUUGAGAGUGUCUAUCUUAGCAAAUGACAGGAUUGAAGUGUCUGGACCAGCCAUAGUUGUGUUACGUGGUCAUAUUAAAUAUUCCUGAUGACAUUUCCACACAACAAUAAUAUCACUUAUAGAACACCAAAUCAUCAACAAUUAUGUAUAUUGCCCAGGGAAAGAAUAGUACCUUUUUCUCA